AUGGAUUUCGAGUUUGAGAAUCAAUGUAUUGAACAAGAAGAAAACGAAGAAUACGAGGAAUUAGAGUCAUCGUCAGUGCAAGAGAAAAAUAAUGAUGGCGAAACUACUGAACAACUCUCACCUCCGGAGGUAAAUACGAUUUUUAAUUCUGAAACUGAAGUAUGUGAAUAUUAUAGACGGUAUGGUCUACAGAAUGGGUUUGGAAUUAUGAUCAGAAACACGAGAAAAAUUGAUGGGGUUAAUACAUAUCUAACAGUUGCUUGUCAUCGUUAUGGUGAACCAAAUCAAAAAGUGGUAGAUAGCUUAAAACCCAAACCAGUUGUGAAAACAAAUUGUAAAGCAAGACUUUGCGCAAAAAGGAUGGAUGAUGAUAAUAAAUGGUAUGUGACUCAAUUUGAUAAUAAGCACAAUCAUGAUUUGAGUCCAAGCAAAGCACAUCGCUUUCGAUGUAAUAGAAAAUUGACUAAACAUGCAAAGAGAAGUCUUACUUUAUAUGAUGAAGCUGGUAUUCCGAUGAAUAAGAGUUACAAUGCUCUUGUGGUUGAACAUGGAGGUCACGAGAAUAUGCCUUUUAGUAAAAAAGAUUGUGAGAAUUAUAUGAGAGAAAUAAGAAAACUGAGGUUGGCUGAGGGUGAUGCUGUUGCGCUACAAAAUUAUUUUAACAUAGCCUAG